AUGAAGCAGAUGUUGACUGAAUAUAAUGUCACACAGAAUGUCAUGACAUUAUACUGUGACAAUCUUAGUGCCAUCAACAUAUCCAAGAACCCUAUUCAGCAUAGCAGAACCAAACAUCUUGAUAUUAGACAUCACUUCAUAAGAGAACUUGUAGAAGACAAAGUGAUUUACUUAGAACAUGUAUCCACUGAAUUGCAACUAGCUGACAUUUUCACAAAGGCUCUUGAUGCUACUCAAUUUGAAAACUUGAGGUGGCUGCUGAUUGGGCAAAAAUUUAAGUUCCCUCCUCUUUUGCAAAUAUAUCAAACUCACCUCUACGCACACUCUUCAUCUAUCAAGAACCUACUUCACUCACUGAACUAUUUCAUCUUCCUUACUCUCAACAACUCCCAAGGAAUAAAGUAUGCAUUUCCCUCAAAGCUCUCGAAAAUCUCUCAAUCUUCAAAAACUUCCUCUCCCAAGAAGAUGUUCCCCAUCGCUGAUCCUGAAUCUGUUCCAAGAACUGAACCUGUCAACCCAAAUGAAGUUCUUGAUGUUGCUCCAUUGAGGAUAGUGACUACUAACUAUCUUGAUGUGAAUAAGACUCGCACCCCACAUGCAAGAAUACCCAAAGAUAUUGUUCAUGGUAAGGUCUCUUACCCUUCAUCUUCUACUCCUCAUGAAGACCUAACUAAGGAAGGAUCAGAGUAUGCCCACAACUCCAUUGCUAAAAUUGUUAUGAGGAUCUUGGAUGAAAAGAAUAAGAACCUUGAACCCAAUGUUGAACCUAGGGAAGAUAUCAUAGGGAAGUCUACUAAUGAUGAUGAUGUCCACAUGUCUGGUGGUGAUGCCCAUAUGGAUGGUGAUGAUGUACACACUCCUGAUGAUGAUGUACAAAUGGCUAAGGAGGAAGAAAAUGAUGAUAUUCAAAAAGAUGAUGAUAAUGCUGAUGUUACUCAGGAUGUCAGUGACAAUACUGAGGCUGGACCUGAAGCUGCUGCAGGUACAAAUAUUGUUAAUCUUGAUGAUUUGUCUUAUAGUGAUCUGGUUGCUAAUGUGAACCCUAGCAUAGCAAAAUGUCUCAUGACAAGAAGAGGGAAGAAGGCUAUUGAUCUAAGUUCUCCCAAGAGGAAGGCUGCUCUUAAGAGCACCUCUACUGGCCCUAUCAAGAGGAAAGAAAUUCCAAAAAGUAAUUCUGCAGGUCCCAUUAAGAGUAAGGUUGUAUCUAAAUGUACUUCUGUUGCCCCCACAAAAUCUUGGAGCAAGGUUGUCCCCAAGAAAAAGAAGGCUAAAGUCAUUGCUGACUCAGACUCAAAUGUUGUUGCUGGUGUCCAAGACAUUCCCCUAAGGAAGAAGCCAAUAACUAGCAAGCUUGCUGCUAGUGUACCUGAGGUACCUAUUGAUAAUAUCUCCUUUCAAUAUCCCGCUAGUGUCAACAGGUGGAAAUAUGUCUACCAGAAGAGGUUGGCCUUGGAAAGGGAGUUGGCUCAGAAUGCUCUUGAGUGUAAGGAAAUCAUGGACCUGAUACAUAAAGCUGGGAUAAUGAAGACUGUUACCCAUUUUUCUAAGUGUUAUGAAAUGCUGGUGAAAGAGUUCAUUGUGAAUAUAUCAGAAGACUGUGCUGAUAGAAAGUCAAAGGAUUUUAGGAAAGUUUAUGUGAGAGGAAAGUGUGUCACCUUCUCCUCAACUGUUAUCAACAAUUAUCUAGGAAGAUCUGAUGAAGCUCAACCUGAGCUGGAGGUUAAAAGCUGGCCCUUGAAGGGAAAACUAUCUGCAAGCAAGCUCAGCAUAAAGUAUGCUAUGUUGCACAAGAUUGGAGCUGCAAACUGGGUGCUCGCAAACCACAAAUCAAUUGUUGCUACUGUCCUAGGAAAAUUUAUAUAUGUUAUUGGAACCAAGACAAAAUUUGAUUAUGGCUCCUACAUCUUUGAUCAAACAAUGAAGCAUGUAGGAAGUUUUAGUGUGAAAGGCCCUAUUGCCUUCCCAUCUCUUAUAUGUGGUAUCAUAUUGAACUAUUAUCCUAGUACUUUAAGUGAAAAUGACUCUGUUGGCAAGAGAGAAAGUACCCUGUCUUUUCACUACAAGCUGUUUCAAGGAACUCAUGUUCCUGACAUUGUCAUGACUUCUGCUGAGACAUCCAAGAGAAGCUCAAAUGCAAGUAAAGCUGAAGUAAUUACAAUGCUCAAAGAAACUUGCAAGGAACUAGAAACAAGGAAGCUGAACCUUGAGAAGCUAAUCAGCUCCUUGGAAAUGGAUGAGGAUCAUGACUUUACUGUUGUUGCUGAAGAAGAACAUGAUGGGGUUGGUAAUGAAAGGGAGGCUGGAUCAGAUGUAGAAGUUGAAGCAGAUGCUAGUCCAGAUGAUGGCACUGAUGAAGAAGCUGAUGGUGAUGCCUCAAGUGGCUCUGAGCCUGAUGACUAG